UGGCCAUAAAGACAUUUUCGCUAUUGUCGCUGGCUAAACGCUACUACGUGGGUUUGUUUUGAAAAAGAAAAGAGCUAAACAGGAACAAGCUGAAGGAUUUAUGCUUAUGCCACUAUGAACCAUUUUUUAAAGCUAGUCAAGUAAUGAUUAAAUCCCCUUUGUAUCGUAAAGUGUGGUGUUCGAAACCGAAACGGUGUUGUUUAGUAGAAGAGUAACGUUGACUAGCCACAGCAUGGAUAUCGACGGGACAGCAAAACUGUCCAAAAAUGUCCUAAAGAUGAAGUUUAUGCAGCGGAGCCUUGAUCCAGAAGCAAGGAAACAACUAGAAGAGGAUGAAAAGAAAGUCAUUAGUGAUGAACACUGGUUUUUGGACCUUCCAGAACUUAUGGCACAUGAGAACGUCAUUGUAAUGGAGAAAGGUUUUGUAUCCUGUGAGAAUUUGGUGUUUGGGAGAAUUUCAUUCAAGGGUUUCAAUCCUGAGAUUGAGAAACUGAUGGCAGUUACAAACAAAGGUCAAUAUAUAAGCCCUGAAGAGGAAAUGGCCAAAAUGGACACCGAUAUAACAGAUGAAGAAAUGGCAUCAAGGUAUGCAGAUUUAGUUGAGAGCAUCAAAAAGAGGUUCGCCAAAAAACGAGACCACUCUGUGUUGGAAGAUGAGGAUCUAAGUUUGGAGGAAAAACCAAAGAGAGGCUUUCAGAAGCCAAAGGAUUGAGCUGACAACAUCUGAAACAUUUGAAUGUGUUAAAUUGUCAUUCAUUUUCAUUUUUGCCUUUUUCACGUGUGGGUAUUUUACAUGUUCAAUAAGAAUUUGAACCUGUUUUGUAGGCAUGAGUAGACCUUUAUGAGAAUGUUAUUGAUAUGUUUUGUUUACCAGAUUAAACAAGGACAUCCAUUGUCUGGCUUUGUGUUAUGUC